CGCGCAGCGGCAGACCGCAACCCCAUGGAGCCCGAACCCGAGUCAGCCUCGGUGGAGGUGCCUGCCGGGCGCGUGCUCAGUGCCCCGGAGCUCUUCGCUGCCCGUUCCAGGUCCCAGAAGCUGCCCCAGCGCUCGCAUGGCCCCAAGGACUUCCUCCCCGACGGCUCAGCGGCCCAGGCUGAGCGACUGCGAGUGUGCCGCGAGGAGCUCUGGCAGCUGCUGGCGGAGGAGCGCGUGGAGCGUCUGGGCAGUUUGGUGGCCGCCGAGUGGAGACCGGAAGAAGGCUUCGUGGAGUUGAAGUCUCCUGCGGGUAAAUUCUGGCAGACUAUGGGCUUCUCAGAGCAGGGCCGGCAGCGGCUUCACCCGGAAGAGGCCUUGUAUCUGCUGGAGUGUGGCUCUAUCCAGCUCUUCCACCAAGACCUUCCACUGUCUAUCCAAGAGGCCUACCAGCUGCUGCUGACUGAGGACACUGUGACUUUCCUGCAGUACCAGGUCUUCAGUCACCUGAAGAGACUGGGCUAUGUGCUUCGACGAUUCCAAGCAAGCUCUGUCCUGUCCCCUUACGAGAGGCAGCUGAACUUGGAUGGCAGUGUCCAGCGCUUGGAGGAUCGGAAUGGCAAGAGGAAGAGGAGGAGCUCCAGCUCUCAGUCCAUUAAUAAGAAGCCCAAGGCCCUGGAGAACCCCCUGCAGGGGGUGGAUGGGACACCCGAGAGCCUGGCGACCUCCAGCCCACCUCCCCGCAACCAGAACAGCCGAUGCCCAGAGGAGAAAUCCCAGGAGUCAAGCCCCGUAAAGGGCCCCAUGGGCCCCUUUCAGCUUCUGGGGUCCCUGGAGCCCUGCCCUGGGCUGGCCAGGGAGGGGGUGCGGUGCAGCCAGGAGAGUGGCAAAAUGGAGAACGGGGUCAAGGGGGCUUGCAAGCCACGCUGGAACUUUGAGCAGAUCUCCUUCCCCAACAUGGCUUCAGACAGUCGCCAUACCCUCCUGCUUGCCCCCGCCCCAGAGCUGCUCCCGGCCAACGUGGCAGGGCGGGAGACAGACGCUGAGUCCUGGUGCCAGAAGCUAAACCAGCGGAAGGAGAAGCUCUCCAGGCGGGAACGGGAGCAACAGGCAGAGGAGGCCCAGCACUUCCGGGAGGAUGUAAACUCGGAUCCCGAGGUGCAGCGCUGCUCCAGCUGGCAGGAGUACAAGCAGCUGCUGCAGAGGCGGCACCUGCAGAAGACCCAGAGCCACCCCCCACACCUGUGGGACCAGCCUGUCACACCCUUGCUGAGUCCCGGUCAGGCAGACUCCCCAGCCACAGUCCUUCAGCAUAUCUCUGUGCUGCAAACGACACACCUUGCUGAUGGAGGCGUGCGGCGAGUUUCCAGGCUGGUGGAGAAGUCUGGGGGCUUGGAGAUCAGCUUUGAUGUUUACCAGGCCGAUGCUGUGGCCACCUUCCGAAAGAAUAACCCUGGCAAGCCCUAUGUCCGGAUGUGCAUUAGUGGAUUUGAUGAGCCAGUCCCAGACCUCUGCACCCUCAAGCGGUUGUCCUACCAGAGCGGGGAUGUUCCUCUGAUCUUUGCCCUGGUGGAUCACGGAGACAUCUCCUUCUACAGCUUCAGGGACUUCACGCUACCCAGGGAUCUGGAGCACUGACCACGCAGCUCUGGCCGGGCCAGGGGUCUGCUCUGAGGGACCUGGACUGUCUGCUCUCAGGGACCAUCUCAGUUGCCUCCUACACCCAGACUCUGACCUGUAGCUUCAGAGGCUAGUCUGGGCCUUGGCCCUGGGUGUCUGAUGCUUGCAGGAGAGGGGAGCUUUGACCCCCCUACCUGGCUGCUGCAGCACUUCCAUGCCCCAGGCCUGAGAUUGCUGCCUUGCAGUAAAUCCCCUUGGAACUCAGGACUAGAUUUCAGAGACCAGCGAGGCGGGGCAGAAGAGAGGACUCUGUGCCUUUAAAUGAGAGGGUGCCUGCCUGCUUCUUGCGAUAAAGCCAAAGCCAUUAAAAAAUAGAUCCCUUUUAUGCUGUGGCUGG